GUGGUAUUUCUUUAUGAUAUAGAAGCAGCAGAACGACAAGAAUGCAGGAAAAGCAGAGGAUAUUAGCGGUCUUCUUUGCAGCAGCGCUGCUGCGGAUCGCGACUAGUCUGGGGUUCCCGGGUAUCCACGCGGUGCUUGACCAGCGGGUCGAGCUGACGACCGCGAGCUCUUCGUUCAAGCAACUGAGAGAGGGAUUGUAUCUCUACAAAAUGGGCAUCUCGCCUUUCGACGGCGGCGUGUAUCAUCAGGCCCCGUUGCUACUCUUAAUAUUCGACAUUCUGCAAAAGUACUGCGGGUCAAUAGACGCGAGCAGUAUAGCCAUUAACGCGGUGUACUGCGGGCUGGAUUCGCUGGCUGCGUGGUUCCUGGUCAAGAUCUCGCAGUCGGGCAAGUUUGCUGGUAAACAGAAGCUGGACGGGUGGAUCAUUGCCUCAAUAUACCUACUUAACCCAUUGGUGAUUGCUACGAAUCUGGCGCGGUCUACAUCGGUGUUUUCAAAUACUCUGAUAUUCGGCGCGAUCUACUUCGCCAACUGCUCAAUUCCACUCUCAAUUCUCUGUCUCGCCGCCGCUUCCAACCUCAACAUCUACGCAAUCUACCUCCUCCCGCCCUUCAUCUUCCUCUGGUGCCCCACCAAGUCCGUCGCCAAAUGCGCCCUUUCAGCCGCCACCUUUGCCGUCUCCAUGGCCGGCUUCACUUCAAUCGGCUACUUCAUGUCUGACGGCUCUCUGCAGUACCUCCGCUCCACCUACGGCACGCUUCUCUUCUUUUCAGACUUGGUGCCAAACAUCGGGCUCUGGUGGUACUUCUUCAUGGAGAUUUUCGAUUUCUUCAGACCGCUGUUUACGUACAUCUUCCAGCUGUACUCGCUGAUCUACGUACUUCCUCUGACGCUGAGGUUGCAUCGCGAGCCGCUGUUUGCGGUAGUGACAAUCAUGGGCAUCACUUUGAUCUCAAAGUCGUACCCCGAAGUUGGGGAUUUGGGCGUCUACAUUGCUCUUCUGUCGCUAUAUCGCCAUAUUUUCACAAACGUGCGAUACACACUCCUGUCCGCCCUAGUGGUCAUCCACGCGCUCGUGCUGGCGCCCAACUUUUACCAUCUCUGGAUCUACCUCGGCUCAGGCAACUCGAACUUCUUCUACGCCGUCACGCUCGUGUAUGCGAUCGGCAUCAUGCUGAUCCUGACGGACACUUUGCGGGCGACGUUGCGGAUCGAGUUUGAUGGCGGCGAGGAGCCGCGCAAGGCUGUGGCUCAGAUAUAGAUGAGUAAUUUUUUUAUUUGUUUGUGGUAUGCUGUGUUAUAUGCUGGUUGGUGUGAGUGUCUUUUCCAAAAUCCAAUAUGACGGCGGUAGCACUUUAUUCCGCAAGACUGUUGGCUCGGGAGAGAAAUCUGUCGGCGUAUACCUAAAGCGAUGUUAUGUACAUAUCAGCACUCGGCAAUUCACCUACUACCAAUAAAAGAAAGAAGAAUACACACCCC